CGCGAUCGCGCUGAUUCCCAAACUGGGGAAGGGCUGAGCGAAUCGCUGAGGCUAGCGGGCCGGGCGGGCGUCCUCGGCCACUAUGAGCUGCACGAUCGAGAAGAUCCUGACCGACGCCAAGACGCUGCUGGAGCGGCUGCGCGAGCACGAUGCGGCGGCCGAGUCGCUGGUGGACCAAUCGGCCGCGCUGCACCGGCGGGUGGCGGCGAUGCGGGAGGCGGGCGCGGUGCUGCCAGAGCAGUAUCAAGAGGAUGCACCCGACGUGAAGGACAUGUCUAAAUAUAAACCUCACAUUCUGCUGUCUCAAGAGAAUACCCAGAUUAGAGACUUGCAGCAGGAAAACAGAGAGCUGUGGGUUUCCUUGGAGGAACACCAGGAUGCUUUGGAACUCAUCAUGAGCAAGUACCGGAAACAGAUGUUACAGUUAAUGAUUGCUAAAAAAGCGGUGGAUACUGAACCAGUUCUGAAAGCUCACCAGUCCCACUCUGCAGAAAUUGAAAGUCAGAUUGAUAGAAUCUGUGAAAUGGGAGGAGUGAUGAGGAAAGCAGCUCAGGUGGAUGAUAAUCAGUUUUGCAAGAUUCAGGAAAAACUAGCUCAACUAGAGCUUGAAAAUAAGGAGCUUCGAGAAUUACUGUCCAUCAGCAGUGAGUCUCUUCAGGUUGGAAAGGAAAAUCCUGUGGAUCCUGCUUCCCAGCCCAUCAAAUAACUGAACUGAAUGCUGGCUGCAGACGGCCCGACCAGGAAAGGAGUGACUGCCUCUCCCUAAGAUGUGUCCAUUCACGUGUCUGCCGCAGACUUGAUUCAGUGUUGAUCAGAGGGACAAGAUGGCAGUUUGGAAUUGACACUUGCUGUUCAUUAUCCACAAAACAGUUUGGGGUACAUUAGUAAAAUAGAGGCGUCUCACCAUUCCUUUGUCAGAAAUUACGUUUAGUUUGACUCUGGGACCUGAAUUUAUAUAAACUAUUUUCAGUUCAUUUUUGUUUUUCAUAUCUCUGAAACUCCGAACAUUUUAUUAUAAAACCAGUGAUUUUAUUUUAUAUAGGAUUAUAAAAAUUCUAAGAAUUUUUUAGAUCAGACUUUUAAAAAGUACAUGUUUGGUGUAAAUCUGGAUUUCUUUUUCCACUUCAAAAGUAACUUGACUCCCAGAAGCAGACUGUCAGACCUUCUGAAUUACAUGACUCACCUGUGGAGUUUGGAUUUGCUCUGGUGCUAGGAGCUGGCACUUCGUGGUCAGGUGUCUUCACUCUUUUUGGCUUUUCAAGACAGGGUUUCUCUGUAUUGUUUUGGAGAUUAUCCUGGAACUCGAUCUUUAGACCAGGCUGGCCUCGAAGUCACAGAGAUCCGCCUUCCUCUGCCUUCCAAGUGCUUGGAUUAAAGGAGUGCGCCACCAACACCCGGCCAGAUGUCUUCACUCUUAAUUUAAGAGAAUCUAUUACUAGUCCCCAGGAAAUAUACUUGAAAACAAGUCACCUAGGUUUGGGUUGUUUCUCCUCCUACCCGUCCCCCCAAGGGUCACUCAGUCAUUCAGAGAAUUCUGAGGAACUUGGACCGGCCUCGUCAUGUACAGUCCCACGUGAGCACUUGAUUUAAAUGCCAACAGUUGCUUUUAUUUAUUUGAUCAAGUCGUCAGUUUUCCAUUUUGUUUGCCUAGGGAGUCUUCAGCUUAGGUGGUUUGCCAGCUAUGAAGAACAUAUCAGAUUUCCCCACGUCAUAGUUGAAACACAGCUGUGGUGUCGAAGAAUGGCAGGGCUUGGAUGGCUUACCACCCGCAGGAGUAAUCUACUAAUUCCUUUGUCAGCCUUCCCUGUCUUGGUUUACUCAAAUUUGUAAAUAAUUCCUUUUGCACUAUUUGUUUGCCCAAAAUGGCUGAAGAAGUAUUAAUGCUGUCAAUAUUUGCUGAUACUAAGCACCAUACCACAUGAGAAAGAUUGUCUUAAAGAAAAAGGGUCUAAUGUUUUAUGUGUUGUAAAGCUUCUUUGGUAGGUCAAAAGAACUAAUUCCAGCUAAAGCAACAACAUCUAUCCAGAAUGUUCUGAGUCCAUCUGAUCCCAGAAAUACCUGUGGACUUUAAUUAGAGUAGUGGGCAGCUCCAGCUGUAUACCUUGAAGGACCCCUAAGUGCCCGAAGUGUACUCCACAAGCCCCUCAGGAGCAGCUGACCUCUGCCACUCGUCAGCUGGCAGUCAGGGAAAACGGUCGUGUUAGCAGACAGUGUCUCAGCAGUGGACACAGUACACUUUAUCUGCCUUAUGUUCCUCUUUACAUCUUAGCCACUAGAAUCUGUUCCUUUUAGUCCUGGGGAUAUACUGAGCUUCCAGUGCCCUGUGUCAUAUAAAUUGUCUGGUGUUAAUGCUGUGAAGGUGAUACAAAGUAACAUAUUGAGUGGAGAAGGAAUGUUCUUCACUUUGUGUGAAGGUGUUAAUGUCUUUUGCAGUGGAUGGAAGAAUUUAGUGUAUGAAAUUUUAGUAUGAAAUUAUCUUUGCUAAUAAAAAUGUCUCUUGGGAA